CCCAGUCAAUUAUGGUCAGGCGUUACCGGAUAAAUCAGAGACGUGAUAUUUCCAUAGAAAUGGUGUUUUCAGAGGAUUAUUGCAUAUAUAUGCCGAAUACACUGAUAAACUAAAUCCCAUUACUAAUGCAUUGUUCAUAUUGACACAUAUAUAUAACAUUUACGCACUUCCGGUGAAUACGCAACAUGGCCGGUUGUUGCAGAUGCGAAAUGUGUUUUGUUUCACGAUCAACCCCAUAUUUGCGUUUAUUGCGAGACUGAUAUGUAAUUCGCUGAGACUACACCAGGUAAAAUGACAAAGAAGGGCGUUAAUGGCGUUCAUACGCCCAUAGUAAAGAAUGGGAGGAUAAAUAUUCCACAAAGUUUCCAAAGCCAGCUGUCUCAGUACUUCGCUGCCCUUCGCCCCUGGUCUUUUACCGCAUCCUUCACCCCGGUGGCACUGGGUUCUACGCUGGCAUUCAAGACAUCGGGCACCUACGAUCUGACUAUAUUUCUUGUAACAUGUCUUACUGCGCUGUCUGUUCACGCAGCUGGUAAUCUUGUCAACACUUACUUUGAUUACACAAGAGGAAUUGACAGUAAGAAAAGUGACGAUCGAACAUUGGUUGACCGUUUGCUGUCCCCAGCAGACGUUGCCUUUCUGGGAGGAGUAUUUUAUGUGAUGGGAUGUGUGGGGUUUUUGUUGCUUGCAUUCCUGUCACCAGCCAAGAUGGAACACAUAGCCCUGAUAUACUUUGGUGGCUUGUCAAGUAGUUUUCUGUACACUGGAGGAAUGGGACUGAAAUAUUUUGCCAUGGGUGAUUUAGUGAUUUUUCUCACCUUUGGACCUUUGACAGUGAUGUUUUCAUUUUUAUGCCAGGCAGGACAGUUAUCCCUCAGUCCAUUUUUAUAUGCGAUCCCUCUAGCUUUGAACACUGUUGGAAUUCUACAUAGCAACAACACAAGGGAUAUGGAAUUGGACAAGUCAGCAGGUAUAAUGACAAUGGCAAUUUUGCUUGGACGCACUGGAUCCUAUCUACUAUUUGCAGCUCUGUUAUUUGUGCCUUACAUCGUCUUCAUAAUGAUGAGCUUGCAUUGUACAAAAUGGAUGCUCCUGCCAGUACUUUCAGUAUUUCUUGCUUUUAGAUAUGAAAGAGAAUUCAGAAGUGGAAAUCUUCAUGGGAUGCCUAAAAAGAUGGCUUUGUUGAAUCUGUUUAUGGGAGUGAUGUAUGUUUGUGCUUGCUACCUGGCUGACAAAUCAACUUUACCGAAUCUCUUAUAGCAUGUUCAUUUUGUAAGGUUACGUUCAGAGUUGAGAAUAAGAAAAAGGACUAUCAAGAAAAAACUAGUCUUGACCACUUUAUAUGUUGCCAGCCAGGCCCAUCAAGUGUUUGAGCUCACAUGGCUCAAACAGAUGAGACUGACUGCCAUCGCGCUUCUGUUGCACUGGAACAGAGUUAUGUGAAUGUUUAAGCAUGCAGAGACCUUGAAAGAUAAUUGGUUGGCCACUCUUCAACCAGAGUACAGUGACUUGAAACACUCAACAUAUAAUGGGCUUAUUAGUGAUGAAAAACACUCCAGCUGAACAAAUCUGUAAUGAAUUAUGAAACUUUAUCUGGACAUGUCGAAGUUGCAGCCAGUCUUGGGAUAAAUAAUUGUUCAUUAUCUGUAUCCAUUUGUCAUAAAAUCAACCUUCUGGAAGAGAGCACAUUUCCAGACAGUUCACAAGUUGUGUCAAACUCACACUUAAGAUGGUGUCUUUUUUAUUACAAUCUCAUGCUGACAUGAUCAUUCAGAACAUCCAAGUUGUAACUAUUACUGUACUGUUUACAACUGGUUUUCAUUCAUCAUCAAUGUACAUGAGUAACUUAUGUUAUGGAUAUGUUUUUGAAAGAAAUUGUAGGUUGGAGUUUUAUAUUGUUAGCAUGGCUUGUGAUAUGUCUGACUACGUCAGUGAAUGUUUGUAUUGUCAGUAAUGUGAAAGAAAAAAAUACAAAUAUUGUUGUUUAAGAUUAUUUAUUUUUUUCAUGUUUAGUGAAUUGAUAGUUGUGUCCUGUGUACACAUUUGACAAUAGUUUCAUGGUGAAACCAGGUGCUAGGGAGCAGUAGUCUCUGGAUGGGAGACCACAAGAGAAGGUGCAUUUGCUGCCUUCCCUCCUCCAUUCAUCCUCAGAACCUUGAACAUCUGGGUUAGAAUUGGUCUUCAGCAACCCAUGUUUGUCGUAAGAAGCGGCUAAUGGGAUUGAGUGGUCAGGCUCGCUGACUUGGUAGACAUGUGUCAUCAUAUCCCAAUUGAGUAGAUCAAUGCUUAUGAUGUUGAUCACUGGAUCGUCUGGUCCAGCCUCGUCUACUAUAUGACUGUCGCCGUAUAGCUGUAAUAUUGCUGAGUGCAGUGUUAAGCAACCAACUAUUCAUCCUCUCAUCUUUGCUGUACAUUCUACACAUAUACAGACCUUUUGAACUGAUUGUUAUGCAGCUCUAGAAGUGACAUGAAAGAGAGCUCACUAUAAAGAAAGACUGGAUGAGGAAGCUGCAACUACCUUGUGACUAUCAAGUUGUGGCAUGUGCUGCGUGCAUCAGUUGGAUGGUUGUACAAUUUCUGAAUGACUUCAGUAGAUUUUAGUGUAGCUGUCUGAUCGAUUAUUGAUUUAUUUCUGUUCUAAAAGCUUACUAAAGCAGUGAACAUUCAGGUUACUUUUGUUACCAUGGUAACAUGGCUGACUUUUGCUCUGAGAACUAAAGGAAACAUUAGCUUAAUUUAUAUGUUUGUUGCUAAGCAUUUUGUUUAGGAUACAAGUCACAAUGCAUUCUAGUCAUAUGUUUUUAACAUAUUAAAAGGCUUGUCAGCAUGAUCAAAUUUAAUAUUAUAGUUUUGAACAAAAUAGACUGAAGAUGCAAAAGUUUAUUGUUGGAAAUGGGAUCUUUUCUUUUAUCAACAGCAUGGGACUAGAAAAAAUGCAGCAAUUCCAUUAGUCAUUAUCAAUAGAAGAUAUCAUGUACUAUCAUCAUCACCUAGACAUUUAUACAAGAUCCCAGGCAUGUCUUGAUUCCAUGCACAAGAAAUAUUUGGCUCUAUACAAUGCUUUUUCUGAAAAGAACAUUGUUCUUUCUUUGAUGUUUUAACAAACCAUGAUACAGGUGACCAUAAAAUUGCAUCAGUUAAAUUGCAUGAAUGGCAUCAUAUGGUCAUGUAACCAUGGUUACCAUUCAUGACUUAUAGAAUAUUUGUCUGUCAUAAGCACAAAACAAACUUGAUGUAAAACAGGUGCUGAUUCUGGCAGGCAAAUAUUUAACCUCUGGGCUAAUUUUUGUUGUUAUUGUGUUAUUUUAAUAUCAUGAUAACAGGCAGUCUUGGGCAUGAUAACCUACAACAGGACCCGAGUGUGCAGUGAUGGACAACUGGUGUGAUAUUUAGGUUGUUGAGUGAAGCCAAGUGCCCCUCACCCCGGCUAUCGUGGGUGUGUAGCAUGCUGCGAGUGACUAUACCACUAGGAUAUGAAUGUUGUAUUGUGGCAUUGUGUGUAUGUUUUCUUCAUGUGCAGUGACAUGAUAUUGUGCCAAUUUAAGUUAUUCUGUCUAAUAAAAUCUGAAGAACCUA